UGACGGUUUUCAUCAGCUGCUUUAAAUACAAAAUUCACAACAAUUUCAGGCCCUUCUUAAGCAACUCAAGACAACUUCACAUCGUAAAAUGACGAGUAUAUCAAGCCUCAACGAAGACUGCCUGCUUCAAAUUGUAGAGUACCUGGGUCUCGAGGAACAGUUGGAACUAUGGCAGGCCACGGAGUCCACGUCGCGUCUGUGCUCGGUGAUUUCAUACGCCUGGCAGCGUCAGAGCAAGCACUGCGUGCGCCGGGAAACAUUCUCUGGAAGGCCUGUACUUCAACGGGAUUUCCUGCAAUGUAUCAGCUCCACUGUCACGGAGCUCACACUCCGGUAUUUGCCCAUGGAACAGCUCGAGCAGUGGAAGGCACACACGUUUCCCAACGUGAGGGAACUUUACUACCUGGGGGAUGAAUACGAUGAAGCCGAUGGUGACGCUGACAUUGCGAUUAUGGUGAGUUGCUUUCCUCAGCUGGAAUCCGUUGGGAUAAGCGGAAACACCAGUGGCCAGCACAUCAGCCAGUGGCGACACCUUCGACGUCUGGAUCUUCAACUGUGCUGGUACCUGGGCUUACAAUGCUUUGAGGAUAUUUGUCAGAAACUGCGCCUUCAAACCCUUACCGUUCAAUGGCGACGAGCUGAAGAGGAUGUCUACGUACAGGCCAUAUCGGCGCUAGAGGAUCUGGAAGAGCUCGACUUGGACAUAGUCCACCUUAGUCCCGAGAAUGCCCGAAAGCUGUUGAGUCUGCCGAAAUUGGCAAAGUUUCGCCUGCACAACAUGGACCUUUUCGAUAGUGUCCUGGAGGACAUUGCUCGACUGCGUGGACCUGAUUUGGUGGGCAUCACUUGCAGAGACAAUUUUGUGAGGUGGAGCCCUCGGGUGCUGGCGAAUUUGGUUAACCUACGUCGCCUUACACUCGUAGACGAUGAGGGCAGUUGCGCCAUUGAUUUUAGUGUUAUAAUCAAAAGUUUUCCCCACUUGGAGCAACUGAACCUGGAGAACUCGCGCAUUUGGCCAAAUGCUGACGGCAUCUGGGACGUAGUGGCUGCAUGUCCACAACUCGAGGUAAUCACUGUAUUCAAUCAGUGUCUUUCCGAGGACUUCUUUGCCUUUAGUGCCUCUACUAUGCAACGGGCCCUGGAUAAGAGAAUCGAGCCUUUGGCCAUUCGGUUUCUUGGAACGGGCAAUGAAGAAUUGAUUGCCCAGCAUUUUGUACAUCGCAAUCUAAAAGUAUUCCACAAGGCCACAGAUUACACUAUUUCCCAAGUACCUGAAGAAUGCAUGGAGUUUGAAUUCUUGAUUCUGGAUAAAUCGUGAAAAAUUCGGGUUUUUAUCUUUAAGCUCCCGAGAGUAAACUUAUAUUUAAGACAUCCUUAACCCCCACCCGCAAAGUGCACUAAAACCUAGUUUAAGUAUUUCAAAUUCUAAAGUUGAGGCUGCCUAACACACAGGCUAAUUAUCAUUUAAUAAUCUUUAAAAUUCAUUGAAUAUAAAAAUGUAAAAUAUAUACAUUUAUUUUUAUAAAGCUCUCUUUAUUUUAGUAUUUAAGUGGGAUUAUACGAACCUAAAUAAAUAAA